UUGGAUGUUUGGUUUUUCGUUCUUAUCUGUUUUGAUUUGAGAUACCCUCGAUUCGGAUUGCCUUUGCCAACUUUAUCCUACGUGUUCCAUUUGGACAGUCCGUCUCAUUCCGGUUUUCUUGCACGCGAACCGCUAAGGCCAAAGAGCCCACAGAACACAGCCCGUAAAUUAGAGCCGCAAACAGAGAUUAGAUCAUGGCUGAGGAUCCGGUGAACCAGCAGGCAUUCGCUGAGGACGUGGCAGCUGCCGCUGCGGCUGGAGGAGCCGGCGGUUUUGCCGGUCCCGAGCCCGGACACCCCGACUAUAAGAUGCCCAGUGCCGAGGAAAUCUGGAAGCUGGUCGAGGGCAUGGAGGGAAUUUCGGACGACGAGCGAGCCGAGCUCCGCGAGAGCAUCUUUAACCCGAAGCCGCCGUCGCCGGAGGACUUUAUGCGCCAGUACGGGCAUCCGGGCCACAGUUCCCGGGAGUACCUGGUGUUCUUCGUGAUGCUGGCCCUCAUACUCAUUGUCUUUGCCCUCUUUGGCUACAAGUUGUACAAAUCCCUGACGGAGAAGGAGCUCAAGAAGCAGGAGAAACUCAAGAGCAAGCAACAGAAGAAGGCCAAGAAGUCCAACUGAAGAAGAUGGAGGCGAGGAUAUCAUUGACGUAGUGUACUUUCCGGCUCCGAGACCUUCCAUCUUGUUAAUCAAUACAAUCGCCUUGUAAAUGACUAAAUCAUAAACCAGUAAACGUAAUAAAAUAAACCGUACCCCAUAACUCUUUUAAA